GGGAGGAGCCACUUGUUGUGAAUAGUUGGUCGCAAACAUCUGUGGCAGAUAAAUCAGUAAAUAAUGGAUAUUACAACGUGUUUAAAGUCCAUGCUCCUGGCCAUCCGGCAAUACAAAAAUAAUAGAUCUGCUGUCAACACAUCACAACUUCAAAAACAGAUUAACGACCUUACAGGCCUACAGUGUUACAAACUCUUGGUGUCUGGCCAAGUGCUGCCCAGCGAGUGUUUGAGUGGGCUCCUGGAGGUACUGGAGGACCCCAAGACCAGCCAUGCUCUCACCAGCUCCAUCCUGUCCUUUCUGGCUAAGCUGGUAACAGCAGAUGAGGAGACGAGAGAGGCCCUGCAUUGCAGCUAUAAUCUGAUUGGUGCUCUGGCUUCCAUCAUCCACUCCAACAGAGCCACCCCAGAGGACCCGCUAGUGGUGCAGUGUCUUCAAGUGCUGCAGAGACUGACUUACAGCAUGAGGAUAUCCUAUGGCGUCUCGUACCUGGACGACCUCCUAGCCUUCUUAAUGCAGACCAUCAAGUCUCGUAAUGAUGACAUCAUAAAGCCAUGCCUGGGCCUCAUGGCCAAUCUCUGUCGACAUAACCUCUCCGUCCAGACUCACAUCAAGAGCCAGAGCAAUGUUAAAUCUCUUUAUCGCUCCCUAAUUGAUUUCCUUGCUCACAACUCUUUGACGGUGGUCAUCUACGCCUUGUCCAUAUUAAGUAGCCUGACGCUCAACGAGGAGGAAGGGCAAAAGCUUUUUAAUGCAGAGAACAUUCACCAAACAUUUCCACUUAUCUUCAACAUAACCGUUAAUGGCGAUGGGUCUUUGACGCGCAACUACGCAGUGGACCUGCUCGUGGAUCUUGUGAAAAACCCAAAAAUUGCGAACUACUUAGCCAACUAUAAGCUUCUUCCAGCGUGUCUGACUGAGGUCUUUGGACUCCUGCAUAGCAAAGAUGCAGAGACCGCCGCUAAGGUUCUAGAACUGCUGGUGGCGUUGUGUUCCGUCACAGGUGUCCGGAAGCUUCUGAGCGAGACGGUGUUCCGCUCCUUCAAACCUCGGAGGCAGGCUGCGGGAAAGAGAGGGGGGCAGGCCAAAGGCUCGGAGCCCUGCUUGGCCCUGCUGCAGUGGGCCACGGGGCCCCUCCUCGACCCCGAGAGGUGCUGCCUGCUGGCUCUGCAUCUGCUCACUGAACUGUUCGAGGAGGUGAUAGACUCUGGCAGCACCUCCUCAGUGCACUCGUACCUGGAGCUGCUCCUGCCAGCCCUGGUGGGCCUCCUGCAGGUACCCGACUCCUCAGAGGAGGAGAAGCUGAUCAAGAGGCACUGCGUACGCGUGGGUCGAGCCACUGAGUUGCUCCUCAUGCUGUGCGGUGAGGAUCAUCUGAAGAGCCUGGUGUCUGUGCAGAUCACCUCCCAGCUCUGCUGCGCUCAGGUGGAGCUUCUCCUCUCCACCAGCCACAGCUCCUGCAGCCCCGUCACAGACUCACACCUCAGUCAGGUGUGUGCGGAGGCUGUGCUGAAGCUGCUGGAGCUGGUGAGUCACCUGAAGCAGCAGGUGGUGGACAUGGAGGCCUGCUUCUACAGGAUGCUACAGGACCAGCGCAUGGUGACGCCCCUGUCCCUGGCCAUGAUGUCCCAGCGUGGGGAGCUGGUGCAGAGUGCCCUCCGCAUCCUCUUUGAAGCGGCUCCCCUGCCCGACUUCCCAUCCGUCAUUUUGGGGGAGAGCAUUGCGGCCAACAACGCGUACCGUGAGUCUCAGCGGGGCUCGGACAUGUCCGUCAAAUGUGUUGGCGGGCAGGAGGCCUCAACCAAGCUGUCAAUCAUCCACAGCACUAGCUCUGCCCCCGGAGGAGGCAAGGGGAACAACACCACCAAGCAGACCAUAGACUCUCUCAUAGAGAAACUGCACAGCGGACUAGAGUUACAGGAGCAGGUGAAGGAUGUCCACAUGUCGGAGGUGAUUGAUGUGUACGAGCAGAAGAUCUCAGCUCUGGCUUCAAAGGAGAGUCGUCUGGAGGAUCUUCUGGAGGCCAAAGCUCUGGCGUUGGCUCAGGCCGACCGACUGCUGGCCCAGUACCGCUGCCAAAGGGCUCAGGCUGAGGCUGAGGCUCGUAAGCUGGGCGGCCUGCUGCAGGAGAGUGAGCGCGGUAAGGAGUGUCUUCAGGGGGAGCUGGGGGAGCAGGUGGUGGAGGUGGGGAGACUCAGGCAGGACAUACAGCAGCUGCUGGAGCACAACGCACGACUGCAGGCCGUCUCCGACGAACACCAGGGGCUCAAGGCCUCAUACAACCAGCUACUCAACAGGUAUAAUGAGACGGAGCGUGCUCUGAGGGAUCUGAGGAGUGAUCAUGCGGCCCUCAUACAGACCACUGAGGAGCUGAAGAGGAACUAUGAGGCACUCAGACUGCAGCAGGAGAGGACUCUGGCUGAGGUGGCGGAACAGGAUAAGCUGAUCCAGGGUCUACAGGCGGACCUGAAGGACCGGGAGAAGGCCAUCGCAGGCCUCCAGGGGGAGGUGGCGAGGCAGAAAGAGCAGGCUGAGGAGAUGGAGGAGAGCAUCAGCAUUCUGAGGAAGGAGCUGAACAAGACAGAGCAGCAGAGGAAAGAAGCCAGCAUUAAGGCCUCGUCUUUGGAGCUGCAGAAGUCCCAGCUGGAGGCCAAACUGCAGAAGAAGGAAGACGAGCUGAACAAGAACAUGCAUAUGAUCGCCAUGAUCCACAGCCUGAGCGGUGGCAAGAUCAACACAGACAACGCCAACGUAUCACUCUGACACUCUACCUCUCUCUAUUAUUCUCGUGCUCUAUAUCUCUCCCCAUCUGUCCAUUACUCUCGCUCUCUCUCUCACUCUCUUCUGUAUCUCUCUCUCUCUCACACACACACAUAAACUCUCUCUGCUGGACAAGUUUAGCAAGAUCGACUCUUCCCUCUGACAUUCCUCACUGGGCCACUCCACACUCCCUGUCGUUUUGUUUGUGUAGAUGAAUCUCUCCGCCCCUCAUUCUCUUUCUCUUUCUUUCUUUUUCGGUCUUCUCUAUUUCUCUUCUUCUCUGGCUGUUUUGUUGUCUUGGUUUUUGUGUUUACAUUUUUCCUUUUUGCAUAUCUUUCUUUUUCUCUUCGCUUCUCUCAUCAUUUUCAGUUGAGAGUAGACGUUAAAAUCAGAUUCAUUCCUUUAUAAUUUUAAUGAAUAUGCAUAUAUAUAAAUUAACCAGGGAAUGGCUGCUUCUAAAGUAGAUGGGCUGUGAUGAAGUGUUUUAAGUUAAUAUGUGUCGUGUUUGUGGUCUGUAUGUUUUAAAUUGUGCAUACCCUUGUCUUUAAUGUCAAAUUAAAGUCACUAUAUUACAUAG